AGCUCGCAAGCUACCGGGGUUCCCAGAUAACGGGACUGUCGUAACGGACACAUAGGCUACGCACACACAGACGGAUGGUGGUGGGACAAAGCCAAAGAGCUGAAUUCCGCUUAACGGGUAUCGUUUUGUUUUCUUUCCGUUCAGUUUUAAGAUCUCGUGGACAAGCAGUGCUGCUCCUUAAUUUAUUUAGGCUAUCGAUUGAUUGCGUUUUAAUUACCGGCUCGUGAGUGGAAUCGAAGGGGGACCGUAUCGAGCCGCUGCGCAGCCUUAUACGUGGUCAUUAUUUAAAUAUAGGCUACUAAGCGAUUCUAUUAUAUUUUAUACGAUAAAAAAUGCUGCUUGAAAUGCAUGUAAUGUGCGCGAGGUAAACCAAACAGUACGAGAGCUAGAAACCAAAUACAGAAACGAAAUAUUCCCGUUACACCUUUGUAAACCGUUUUAAAGCCAGCAAACGCGACUUGAUUGUUUUGAACCAAAUAGUUUUUGUACUAAAGGGAACACGAUUUUGACUCGAGAAUUGUUUAAAAAGCGAAACCAAAGUGGAACCAGAUCGAGACGCGCGCAAGGCCAUUGUGACGUUUACCGGCCGCACACCUGGUCUCGCGCGGGAUAUGCAAAACCCAGGAAACGAUAUGACAGUUAGGACAACAAGUGAGUUUUGAAUUUAAAAAAAUCACAGUUUCAACCAACGGUUCGACAUUUGCCAGCGUAGGUCUAAAUGUCCCGUUAUUCUAAUUUGUAUGUUAGUUUAACGGAUUUUUCAGCCAAGCAGAGAAAGACUAAACAAACGUUAAGUGACAACAAAACACGUUUUAUAUGAAUGUAGACUAUAUUUAGACCGCUUGAAAGAUUCCGGCUAUCCGUCUGUGUGUCAGUCCGAGAUAUCCCUGAGGAAGAAGUUAUGACUGAGAGGCACAAUACCAAAAAUGUAAAGAUAGCUUGAGAAAUUUAAACCAAAAACUAUUACCAAAAAAUAAAUAAACAACCUCAAAACAGUCUAUAUUUGACAGUAUAAGCAACCAAAGGAAAAGAACCCCAAGACAAGCACCUCAUACAAGAGCCCAUAGAAGAAAAGCCCAGCCGACAGCGGAUCAUGUUUGUUCCCUUGCCGGUGCCGUUGGUGUUUCAGAGAACCGCUCCUGAUUUCAGCGCCUGGCGACUCAAGUCUCCGCUGCCUCUGCGCUCCGGGAACUCCGUAGAUAUCAGGAUGUCUAAAGCCGUCGAGGAUGACAAGAUGGGGACUGAGCUUCCAGUGGACAGUACAGACUCUGAGAGGAACAGUCCAGAAGCCAGCGAUCAGACCCAGCCAAUUAAAACUAGUCCUUUCUGCCUGUCUCCUGCACCCAGCAACACAAAGGUUAAAGCUGAGGAGGCAGCUGAGAUGAUCAGUGUUCACGCUCCUCCACCUCCUCCAGCUCAGCCAGCUCUGCCACACACACAACUCAUGCUGGCCGGCAGUCAGCUCGCAGGGCUUGCCGCUCUCCUCCCUGCGCAGCAGCAGCUGUUGUUGCAGCAGGCUCAAGCGCAGCUGUUAGCAGCAGCCAUGCAGCAGUCAAACGCUGCACAUGCGGCCCACGCAGCUGCGGCAGCCAAUCAGCAGCAUCAGACACAACAGCAGCAGGCCAAUCAGGCAGCAGCACAAGCCCAGUCUCAAGCCAAACCUGAGCAAGCUCCGCCUCCGCUUCUGUCACAGCCUAUCCAGCUCACUGCCCAGGCUCUCUGUCUCUCUCUGAAGGACAUUCAGCAGUUUCUGCAGUUACAGCAGCUGGUCCUGAUGCCAGGUCAUCCUCUACAGUCUCCUGCUCAGUUCCUGCUUCCUCAAGCCCAGGCUCAGCAGGGGCAGCAAGGUUUGCUUUCGACACAAAAUUUGAUUCCACUACCUCAGCAAAGCCCAGGGAGUCUCCUGACCUCGCCAUCUAGACUGGGCCUUCAAGCACAGCAUCAUCUUGACGACAGGCUGUGGUCAUUGCAGAGGGAGAAGAGCGUGGAGACCGCUGUGAGCUCCGCCCCCUCCUCAGCACAGCCAAUGAGCUCCAUUUCUACGGUGACAGCUCACGCAGAGGAGCCCAGUGAUCUGGAGGAGCUCGAACAAUUCGCAAGAACCUUCAAACAGAGGAGAAUUAAACUGGGCUUCACACAGGGGGAUGUGGGUAUGGCCAUGGGUAAACUGUACGGCAAUGACUUCAGUCAGACCACCAUCUCUCGCUUCGAGGCUCUCAACCUCAGCUUUAAGAACAUGUGCAAGCUCAAACCCUUGCUGGAGAAAUGGCUGAGCGACGCAGAAACCAUGGCGAUAGACAACAUGCUGCCGAGCCCCAGUUCUCUGUCCUCGCCUCUACUGGGCUUCGAAGGCUUGUCUGGACGCCGCCGAAAGAAACGCACCAGCAUCGAGACCAACGUCCGCAUAGCCCUGGAGCGCAACUUCAUCUCGAACCAGAAGCCUACCUCUGAAGAAAUCCUGUUGAUGGCCGAGCAGCUCAGCAUGGAGAAAGAGGUUAUCCGAGUCUGGUUCUGCAACCGACGGCAGAAAGAGAAGCGUAUAAACCCCUCCAGCGCCACCCCUCCUCUGCCCAACCAUCAUCCAGCUUCAACGCACAAACCGCUCUGCUACAGCCCGCACAUGAUGUCCAGUCAGGGACUGGCUCAGGUUGUUACCAGUCUCAGCACAACCGCCGUCAGUCCCACACCUUCUGUGGCCUGCCCUCUCAACCCCAGUGGACAUGCAGCAAUGGGCUCCGCCCCUUCCUCUGUGACUCCGCCUCCUCUCAGCACAGUCAGCCCGACUCCACCCAGUCUCAGCAGCCCUGGUCUGAACACAGGGAACACAAUGAUGGGUGUAAGCACAGGAAUGAACCAGGCCCUCAUCAGCAGCAACCCCCUGGCCACAAUGCAAGCCCUGGCUGCCAGUGGUGGGCAGAUGUCCAUUUCCGCUCUUGAGGGCAGUGGUCAAAUGUUCCUGGGUGGAGCUGGAGGUCCAGGAGCUGGUCUUCGCCAGUCCCUCUUCCUAAACCGCCCCACUUUACUGCCCCUGGCGAGGAGCGCAGGCAUGGGUCUGGUCGGCACCCCCAGGGCUUCUCCACUACCUGGCGCCAGUGGCACAAGCCCAGACUCCUGCUCCGUCUCCCCCUGCUCAAGCCCCGCCUCCUUCUGCUCAUUAGGCGAAGCCUCACCACCUCCUCUGGGCGGAGCCAUGGCUGAGUGACGCCCACACCAACCUGCUGCAUCUGAGGGGAGUCAGAGGGGCGGAAGAAAGAAGACAAGACAAGACUCACCUUUUCAACCAAAGCCAUCUCUCCCUCCCUCCAUUUCUCUCUUGUGCUCGCUCUCUCUCUCUCUCAUUAUGUCUUUUAAUGCCAAAAAUACAGAGAAAUGAGCAGAAGAGAAAAGGGAUAAGGAGAGAACAGGAUAACGGGACUGUUUAAACCAAAAAAUUGACCUAUACAGCGUGGAGAGGUGGCUUCAACGGAGCUACUUUGAGAAUGUACAUUUAUUCCUUUCCAAAUGGAAAAAGAUAAACCUACACGAACAGAUGAAUUUGAGGGCAGGGUCGAGAGCCAAACAUUUUUGCGAAGAAACAACAACAAAAAAGGAAAACAAGUGGCAGCGAAUGGAACAAAGGAAGGACAUUUGACAAGUGUCACUGGAUGAUAGAAAGAGAAACCAAAAAAUAAACACAUGGAGGAAGAAAUGAAAGACUCACAAAACCAAAAUACCAAAAACCAAAACCAAAAAAUCGGAGAGAAAAGCUUUACCUAAGACUUUGAAACCUGACUUGUCCAGGAUCAGAUUAACUCUGCACGACACCAAAUGCCAUUUUCCAUGCACCCCUAUAAUUUAAACUUUCUUUUUCUUUUUUUACUAUUUGUAAAUGUAUUUCUCAAUCUACCUCUGCUACCAAGGAUUUAGAUUUUCUCAUUCUUAUUUAUUCCAUUUUCACUUUUGAUCCAUAAUAUUUUCAGCAUUUCUUCCCUGUCAAAACAUUACAGCAAACUAAUUUAGAGGGGUUUUUUCCCACUUACACACACACACACACAUACACUGACACUUACUGUGACACACAUUCCCGAUUCCCUUUCCAUUACUGAUCACCCGCUGGAAACGCAUCCAUGCCUCAAACUUUGACUCACUUUUCUUGGAUACCAAAGCGUUCGACUGGGCUUUUGCAUCGGCUGUAAAGUGCUCAGACGUCAAAACCUCAGACAUAAAAAAAACAUACACAAGGAUAAAUUAAAAAAACGAAUCCCCCGAGUCCCCACACCCCUGCCCUCCAUCCUCUCUGGACCCCCUCCCCUGUGCCUCGGACAAAAAACGUCAGCCAAAUGAACAAAAGGCAAGAGGAGCAGCGACUGAAGAGGAUCCGAGGAAACUCGCUGGGGGAAUCCAACAACCGUGAUGCAGAGGAGAGACAUGCGAUGUCGCCGUUGUUGCUUUUUUUUUUUUUUUUUUCAACACAUGGAUUAAACCAAAAAUGAAACCAAACCAAAACCAAUGGACUAAAACUGAGCUUUACUAGGAGUGGACCACAGGAGGUGCAGGAGGAGGAGGUGUUUAGAGUAGCAAGACUCGUGAAAAGACUCGACGUGGCUUCGACCAGAAGAUCAUUCCUUCACCUCCUCCCUCCUUCUUUCCAUCAAUUCAAUGCUUUCACUCUCCUUCCUGGACGGGAGAAUAUUUAUUAACCUCAUUGAACUGAACAUCAGAAUAUAUAUAUAUACAUAUAUAUUUUGUUUUAUUGCUUUUUCCUCUCGGUCUGUCCGUUUAUGCUGUGUGACUCGUCUCAUUGCUUUAUAUUUUUGGGAUAAUGGGUUGACGUAUUGCCUAUUUUCAUAUUUCGUGUGUUUCGUCGUUUUGAAUUGAUCGUGCCGAGGGGGGUUUCCCCUCAUCAGGCGGUUUGAAACAAUACUGUGAACAUGUAGCUUCCAAGUUUUGCUUCGAUUGCGAAUGUUGUGAAACAAUAAGCCAAAACUGAAGACAUACCAAAAGCUUUUUUGACACCAAAUAGCAACCUAACCAAUGCACAACGCGUGGAGAAAGACCGUAUUGGUGCUAGGUCUCUUCGAGGAGAGAUUGGGUGAUGUGUGUGAAUGUGGAAGCUCAUCUCCAGCAUGGAUACCAAACCGAAACACGACCGUUUAGCCAACGUAACGUAAUGCUCGGUGUCAGCAAAACUGUUUUCGACUUAGACGCAAACAAAAACGCAGACAAAGGAGAAAUGUAGAGGUGGGGGGGACCGGGUGGAAUGGGGGUUUAAAUGCAACUGGAAGUCCAGUUGACGUUACACUUCUAGAGGGAAUGUACCUGUUAGUGCUUUGAUAGAUUUUGUAGGAAAAAAAUCUAUGUUCAACUGCUUAUUAUUGCUAAUGUAAAAAAAAAAAAAAAAAAAAAAAGGCUGUGAUAAAUAUAGUCCUUAUGAAAUGAUGACGAUGACUUGAUUUUAGACCAAAAGCUUUAAAUUGUCUCUCUUUCAUUUCUUUUCCCUCAAAAAUUUUUAUUUAUUGUGCGAGGGGAGGGUGUAUCGAUGAUUUAUGUUUCCAACUCUUCAUCUUAUUUAUUGGCUUAUUUAUGUAUUUAUAGCAUUUUCAUUUAUCAAUUCGGUCUUUUUUAAUCUUCGUAAAACCAAACUGGGCAAAAUAUGGGGUAGCUUCAGGAAAAAAUGGAAGUGUCAUAGUUUAUCAGUUUUUGAAACCAAAACUAGCUACUAAAACUGUUGUUUUCAUGGGCACCUUUUCAAAAAAUUUGUCCAACGUUUUCGAGAGAUGACAAGUUUCUAAACUAUAUCUCUCACAUUAAGUCAAUGUAAUGUAUAUGUAUGAGCUAAUUUUAAAUAUAACUCUUGUUCCAACUGUUUCUUUUUAUUUAAAUUUUGCUUUGUUUUUUAAAGAUGCGUUGGAUGAGGGAAAAGAGUGAGAGAGAUACACUUCUGCAUAUACCUCAUGUUCGAUUAGAAAUGCCAAAUAGAUGGGAAAAAAGCUUUAAGAAUUUGACAAAGGGGAGCAGAGGAGAUGUUGCUCAGGAGAGGGUCUUUUUCGCGUGAGUAUAAGGGUUCACAGGAUUCCCCAGAUUAUCUAUCCUACGUCCGGUUCAACUAUCCGGCCCACAAUUGGUUUUGAAGAACAGUUGAUGGCAGAUUUUGUUUUCACGUUGGUUUUCUAUGUGUAUGUUGCUCAUGUGAUUGCUUUUUGUAUAUAACUCUGUGUAAGUGUGUGUGGACGGCUCUGCCGUAGAGGGCCCUGAAUGAUACCAAAGUUAAACCUCUACUGCAGGACCUCUCACAUGCUGAACGUGCUCAAUUGCAUGGACGUUCUUGUAGACAUGCACACGCAAAACUGUUCUUCAACCAUUUACAGCAGGAAUGUCCACGACUGCAUCGUUGUCAUUUUGUGCAGUAUGUUCUGUUGUUUUGCUUUGCCAUAAACAGGUAAAUCUCACAUUUAAAUUAAUGGAAAUUUUCUAUCUCAGCAACAUUCAAAUUGGAACUUAGAACAGUUUAUUUAAAUGAAUAUCCAAUGCAACGUCACUGUUUUUCCAGUUUGUUUCCCUUGAGCUACUACAGCUUCAAUCCAAAGGUUACUGAUUAGGUCAACGAAGGAAGAUUUUCAUGCUAAAACCUUCUCCGAUUUCAUGUUGAAACCAAAGAGUUCUGCCGUAACAUGUUGUCAGGAAACAUGCAGAUGCUUUUCCUUUUGUUCUCAGAACACAUACUCGCUUCUCUUCUGGACAUUUGAUGUUGAUGACGAUGGUCACUUUCGACUCUUUAUCUGCAUUUUUGAGAAGAUCCCUUUCCCUCUCUGUCAGUGUGUCUCGCUCUUACCUCAGAAGCUCUUCAUGGAAUUUGUAAUCCAAUCUGGAUUUUGUUUCAGAACUGUUGAACUGUCUGUUACUCAUCGCUCUCUGUGUGCCUGUUGAAUGG